AUGCAGGAGGCAAAGUUGGAUCCCAAUGUCGUUUCAGCUACAACGCUGGGAUCAGCGCGUGCGAGAAGGCCAAGCAGUGGCAGCAGGCCUUAUCUUGCCAGCCUGAUCGCCACGGCGAAGCUGGAGCCCACCGUCAUCCUCUACAGUUCUGGAAUCAGCGCGUGCGAGAAAGGCGAGCGAUGGCAGGAGGCCCUGGUGUUGCUCAGCGAGAUGUGGAAGGCAAAGAUGGACCCCAACCCCUAG